GCAGAGUCAGGAAGAUCCCCUUCCUCCUGCACUCGGCUCCCCGUGUGACAGAUAGCGCAUUGUCUCGCACUUUGGCAUAUCGGAAAAAUAGACACCGCCACUGGAAUCACAAACACAUAAUCAGACCGGCUUUGCGGCUCUGUUUGACAUCGGAGUGCUUGUUCUUAACAUGGGGAACAGAGAUGAUGAAUACGAUUUCUUGUUCAAAGUGGUGCUGAUUGGAGACUCCGGCGUGGGGAAGAGCAACCUGUUGUCCCGCUUCACACGCAACGAGUUCAACCUGGAGAGCAAGAGCACCAUCGGGGUGGAGUUCGCCACUCGCAGCAUCCAGGUGGACGGCAAGACAAUAAAGGCUCAGAUCUGGGACACGGCCGGGCAGGAGCGUUACAGGGCCAUCACAUCAGCGUACUACCGGGGUGCGGUGGGGGCCCUGCUGGUGUACGACAUCGCCAAGCACCUGACCUAUGAAAACGUGGAACGCUGGCUGAAGGAGCUGCGCGACCAUGCGGACAACAACAUCGUCAUCAUGCUGGUGGGCAACAAAAGUGACCUGCGGCACCUACGGGCCGUGCCCACCGACGAGGCGCGGGCCUUUGCAGAGAAGAAUAAUCUGUCGUUCAUCGAGACCUCAGCUUUGGACUCCACUAAUGUUGAAGAAGCCUUCAAGAACAUCCUCACAGAGAUCUACCGCAUCGUUUCACAGAAGCAGAUCGCUGACCGGUCAGCGCACGACGAGUCUCCGGGCAACAACGUAGUGGACAUCAGCGUGCCCCCUACCACUGAUGGCCAAAGGGGCAGCAAGCUGCAGUGCUGCCUGAACCUGUGACCCCUGACCUCCAAGGGCAUCAACCCCAUGCCUUUCAUUUGUGCUUUGGUCCUGAGUAACGUGCUGCUGCUUCUGCCCCCAGCCCUGUACACAAAACUUUCUUUUUAAUACUUGUCAAAAUUCACAUGUAUUCAUUUGCCAUGUAAUGAAGUUUUACAACCUUUUGGUCUGUUUGUCGUUCAUGGACUGAUACCCCCCCCCAUGCUGUCGCAGUGCGGGGACCGGUUAGUUAGCUGUGCAUUAACUAAUGCUACUUGGAAGUGCUUUAAUGGUUGUGUAGUUAAAAGUAAUGUCCACUAGGGGGUGCCUGUGAAUAUUCACAAAAGCUCCAAAUACUCCCGAACACUAAUAUAUCAGUAUUAAGCACUGUUUCUCACUACAUUAAAUUGCUUGAGGUCAGUGAGUAUUCUUUUUAUUCAUGUAACUGUUAUUUGUAAGUGAGAUUAUUAAUUUCAACACACCUGUAUUAACAUGCAGUUUCCAUAUUUAACUCUGUCUUCCUAGCCAAAAAAUGUACUUCAUUAAUUACUGAUGCCGUGUCCUCAGUAAUUGGAGGCGAAUGAUAAUCAACAGCUUGUUUAGUAGUGAUUGACUGCAGUACAAGUAUUACAAUGUUGGCCAUAUUUAUGGUACAAAUGUAGGCUUGGGGAAAAAAAGCAAUUUCUUUGAAGUAUAGAAGAGUUUUUCAAAUAAAUUUUUAAUUUGUCUUCAUUAGUA